GCGCGCACCCACCGGCGUCAUCACCCGAGCCACCCGCUGUCGUACUCGCUGCCCUGCCUGGAGGCCACCAAGCCGCGCGCCCCGCGCCCAGACUUCGCGAGCGCCCCGGGCAGGCCGGAGGACGCGGGCUCCCCUGGCGGCUCCCCGCGCGAAGGCGACGUGCUGCUGCUAUCCCUGGGGGCGGAGAAGGACCUGCUCCACCCCCGCAGCGCUCCAGGCUUCGUGGACAUGGCGCGCCAGCCGGGUCGCAGGGGCGGGUCGUGCCCGCCCGACCUGGCGGGCGAG